GUGGCAAUUAUCCGAUGAUCUCUCUAUUGGUUAGUUUCGCGAAUCCCGUCGCCGGCUUCUCACCGGAGUUUACAGUUAACACUUGGGAUUUCGCUUCUCUCUCCCUUGUUCCAUGUUCUUCAGGAAAUGGAUUUCGAUUCCCGCGUCGGUCGAAACGGGAAAGAAGGAUUCUCAUGUGUUCUGAUUCAAGCUCUCAGUCGUGGAAUGUUCCUGUUCUCUCUAGCUCUGAGGUUAUUGAGAGGCUAAAACAAGCAAGAGAAGGACACCAGUUUUUAGCCAUGUACUCAAGUGUUGUUAACGGGAUAACAACCGAUCCAGCAGCAAUGGUUCUUCCAUUGGAUGAUCACAUGGUUCACCGUGGUCAUGGAGUCUUUGACACUGCCACCAUCGUUAAUGGAUACCUUUAUGAAUUGGAUCAGCACCUUGACCGUAUCAUACGAUCUGCAUCAAUGGCUAAGAUCCCACUUCCAUUUCAUCGAGAAGAUAUUAGAAGAAUCCUCAUCCAAACCGUGAGCGUGUCUGGGUGUAGGGAUGGAUCUCUAAGAUACUGGCUCUCUGCAGGCCCAGGGGAUUUCCUCCUAUCUCCAUCACAAUGUCCCGAACCGACUCUCUAUGCCAUUGUGAUAAAAACGAACUUGACCAAAAAGCCAACAGGUGUCAAAGUAGUGACCUCGUCCGUCUCUAUAAAGCCUCCAGAGUUUGCCACUGUGAAAAGCGUUAACUACCUCCCUAACGUGCUCUCACAAAUGGAGGCUGAGGCCAAGGGAGCUUAUGCAGGUAUUUGGGUUGAUAAAGAUGGGUUUAUUGCAGAAGGUCCAAACAUGAAUGUUGCAUUUGUUGUAAAUGGUGGUAAGGAGCUUGUAAUGCCGCGGUUUGAUAACGUUUUAAGCGGAUGCACAGCAAAGAGAACACUUGCCCUUUGUGAACAGCUGGUAAGCAAGGGGAUGCUUGAAAAUGUGAAAGUAAUGGAUGUGACAGUCGAAGAUGGGAAGAAAGCCGAUGAGAUGAUGCUUAUUGGGAGUGGAGUGCUCAUAAGACCUGUGAUUCGAUGGGAUGAAGAAUUUAUUGGUGAUGGUAAAGAAGGUCCUAUAGCAAAGGCGCUUCUGGAUCUGUUGCUUGAAGAUAUGAGCUCUGGUCCAUCUUCUGUUCGUGUUCGUGUUCCUUACUGACCUCAUGACAUGAUCCUCAUCACUCUCUAAAUAAGACAAUAAGUUGUGGUCUUUUUUAGAGCUGUGCUGUAUUAUAUAAGUUGAAGUUUAUCAUGAAUUUGUUGGCUCACAACUCCAUGUAUCUGUCUUUGUAAAGGUUUCUCUAUCACUUUUGGAUUUUGAUUAGACCGAGUUCAAACAAUUUCUUGUUCUUCA